GCGUUAGCUGUAUCAGCACACAUUAAAACUAGGGUAGUUAAAUAACUUUCUGUCGGUCAGAAUGUCUGGGGCUCACGCAGAGAGCGUGAUUAAAAACAUUAUCCGUGAGAUAGUGCAGCAGUGUGCCGCGAGAGGGCACGCGGUGUCGGACACUCUGGUCGCUUUCAUGGUGAAAGCUGUUGUGCUGGACCCAAGGAAUUGUUUCAAUGUUGAUCGAACACUGACCAAACAAGAUGUCCAGAAACUGGAAGAGCUGUGUCUGGGUAAACUGAUGGAAGAGUGCAGCCCGUCCCUAGACACAAUCAAAAUGCAAGUGCACUUCGACAUGAAUUACACCUCCCGGCGAGAGUUUCUAGAGGAGAUCCACCGGGUGCUGGAGUCCAGGCUGAGCUCAGUGAGCAGAGAGAUCACUGACAGCAGAGUGAAAACACGAGAGGAAUUUGACGCCUUGUAUUGUAAAAUCAUCACGUACAUCCAGCUGCGCUCCGGCAUGGGCUCACCUACAGAUGACACCGCCCUGAAAGAGGCUACAGCCGCCCUGCAGAGCGUCUUCCCUCAGACUGAGCUGGGAGCCUUCAUGGUCCUCCUGAAGAGAGACAAGGAGCAGCAGCUCAGAGAGCUCACCAUGAUCGUCACAGGGAUCAGACUGUUCAACAAAGCCAGCAAGAAGGGAGGCGAGGAGACUGACCUCCAGGAACUGAGUAUAGUACACCAUGCUACACACAAAAAUACCUGUUAUCACCGACAAUGUUAUUCAGGGGGCGGGGGGGCACGCGCGUGAACUGGGAGCACCAGAGCCUUGCUGCGGUGAAACUGUAACGCACUUAAUUGCGCCGCAUUUGCGCAUCAGAUGAGCCCCCUCCGCGAGAUGAGGCCCCCUCCGCGAGGUGA